UUUCCAUUUCCUGCUUGGCUCCUUAGAUCUGUAUCUCUUCCUUCUUUCUUUUUCACAAUUACGUUUCGCUGUUUUGAUGCACUGAAUCUGUAUAUCUCUUCCUUUCAUUUUUAACAUUUGUAUACGUUUCCUCCUCGUUCUUUUGUUUCCCCUUUUCCCCUUCCUUCUUCUUCUUCUUCUAUUUUUUUUUCAAUAAAUUUGCUUGCUUUGCACUUCUCUUCUGUCACGGUAUUGCUGGUUAAACGUCGCUGAAUUGGAGUAACUUCAGCUGAAAGUAUUAAUGGAUCUUAAGAGUUACUUAAAUCUUAAUCUUUCUUUCUUUUUUUGGUAAUACAAGAAAUGGAAGAUGAAAAAUGUGAUAUCUUCCACUAGACGAAUAUCAAGAAUUAACUAUACCAAUAAUCAAGAUGGAUUUCUGAUCCUUUCUACAUGUUUCUUGUUAUUAUUCUCUUGUUUGGGAACUCUAAAUCACAUUGUGGUGAUCAAAUAGUAGCACCAUGGAUGAAGAUGAGGGUCCAAAGGCGAAUGGAGUCCGGCAAAUAGCUCGGUUGAAGGAAAUUAUCCAAAAGUGGCAGUCCAUGACUUUAAGUCCUAGGGUGAAUAGCCCAACCUCGGGCAAUAAUGGUCAUGUGGGAAUUUCACCAGCAAUAAACAGGAGGCUCAAGAACGCCUAUGUUUUGUGUGAUUCAGAUGAGGAGAACUGGAAUAGCCCAGAACCACCACCUGAUGUUCCCAAAGGGUAUUUGGCUGUCUAUGUUGGACCAGAGCUCCGAAGGUUCAUUAUUCCCACUACUUAUCUCAGCCUCCCAAUGUUCAAGUUGUUAUUAGAGAAAGCUGAGGAGGAAUUUGGAUUUGAUCACAAAGGUGGCCUCACCAUUCCUUGUGAGAUCGAGACCUUUAAGUUCCUCCUGAAGUUCAUGGAAAACAACCAUAAGGAUCAACCGGAUCAUUCUGAUGACAAUGCUGCUGAAGGAAACCCAUCAAGCACAGAGGAAUAAUGAACCAUAAAUGGGUUUGUAUAGAGUUCUAAAACUUAAUUGAAGGGUUUUGUGGGUGUAAAGUAAGUUCUACUCAAUUUGGUUGUGGAGUUAAAGGAUCGGAGAGCAGGGUCAGGUCAGGGAGGUAUAGAUAGGAUUUUCUUACACAAUUUGGUGCUGGAAGACUCUGAAUGGGGAAAAGGCAUCAUAGGAAAAUUGAGGGUUCCCUCAUUGUAUGUGGUUUGAUUGAAUCUUGUAAUUUUAUGUUCAAUGGAAUUCAAUCUAUAUAAUGUUUUGAAA